GAACAUGCUGGAUUUCGCUGUAAUCCAAACACGGUUCAUCUACAAUGUCAUGGAUGUGGAGGAAUGAUGCCUUCUCGAUUUGAUAUUGGGAUACCUCAACAUUGUUUAGGAUGUGAUAGAGCAUUUUGUGGUGCAUAUUGGCAAGCCCAGAGGGUACAUAGAAGUGAUACUCAUGCCACGUGCAAUCCCGAUACCCUUAAACCAAUCUCUGGACGUACCAUUUCAAUAAUUCCACGGCUAACGCAUGAAAAUAAUCAGCAUGAGCAGGAUAUCACAGAGAGGUGUAUUACUCAGAUGGGAAGAACAUUGCAGGAUGUCAUCUCUGAAUGGGUUGUAAAGUUUAACAGUAGAGAAAUUGAUCGAACACGAAUGCCUCUAAAUCAUGCGGAGAUGAUAACUGCUGAGACACAUAUCUGCAAUGAGUGUUAUGACAAAUUGGUGGGAUUUCUCCUCUACUGGUUUCGCAUUUCAACACCAAAAUAUCUUCUUCCAGGGGAUGCAACCGGAAGGGAAAAUUGUUGGUAUGGAUAUGCAUGUAGGACUCAGCACCAUAACGAAGACCAUGCUCGGAAGAGAAAUCAUGUUUGUCGUCCUACCAGAUCCCGUUAAUAAUAACUGUUUCCACUUUUAACUUAUUUCUCUCCUUUUAAUUAUAUUUUUCUAAAGUCUUCAGUCAUGUGAUCUUUGAAUUACAAGCAUUUUGGUAUUUUUAAAUGGUUUAAAGUAUACAUUUUAUAUGUAUAUAUUCUCGAGAAGCCACUGAACUGUUAUCGACAAUCUCUAUGACUCACCUAGGAGACUGGAGUUAUGUUCUAGGCAUUUAUGUUUAUGUUGGCUAAAAAAUGGUUACAUACAUCUCUUUGUGGGAAAUUGGCUGCCCAUGUAACAUUGUGUUGCCCUUCA